UGCCGUUUCAGCAAAGGAACUGGGAGCCCUAGACAGCUUUCCAGAGUCCUUGGAUGCAGAUAAAGCCUUAACUUUGGAUCCAGGGACAAAAGCAUCUCUUGGACAAGGAAGCCCUGAAACCAAGAUGGCCACCUCCCAAGCGGUAGACUAUUUCAGAAUCUUUGAUGUUCAUGAUUCUCUACAGAGGGUGUGGGUCCUGAAUGGAAAUUCUUUAAUAACAACUCCAUUUAACAAUGAAGUCAGUCCUGUCAGUCUUGCUUUAAUGACAUGUACAGACAAAGAAUUCCAUCAUGCAGAGAAAGGCAAUCCAGUUUACUUGGGAAUCAAGAACAACCAUCUUUGUCUUUUCUGUGAAGAAAUUCAGGGCCAGCCUACUUUACAGCUUAAGGAGAAAAAGAUCAUGGAUGUACACAAUGAGAAGAAAGGACAGAAGCCUUUUCUCUUUUUCCAUAAUAAGGAGGGUUCCACCUCCACUUUUCAGUCCAUCUGCUACCCUGACUGGUUCAUAGCCACUUCCAAACUAAAAGGGCAGCCUCUCAUUCUCACCAAGGAGAGGGGCAAAAAUUACAUCACCAACUUCUAUCUGGAGCCUAAGAACUAA